AUCUUUGAAAUAAUUAACUCUAAGCAGAAAUACUGAAGGAAGCAAUAAUUAUUCUAUUGUUUAUUGUUUUGCCAUUUUCGCGGAGGAGUAGUUUCCCCCGAGAUAAUUCAACUUUUCGUAAAACGCGAAGAGACACAUGAAUUUUUUGCAAUUUUCUUAAUGAUGUCAAUGAUUAUAAUUUUUUGGUUCAUUCAAUCAUCGAGAUGACCCGGGAAUGCGGGAGAAAUGGAAAGUAUAAAAAAGCAAGAAUGACCAGCGGAAAAAAAUCGUUAUAAUAAGCAGAAAAUGUGGGACAAACUUUCUCUCCUCGACGAGGCGGACGUCAAAUAAAAAUUCUAGUUACUUCUUAUGUAAAUCUCUGCCUGUGCAGACGUAGGAAUUUUUGCUGAAGUGGCACUGACCCAUUCCCCAGCCGAGAGAAAAAUUGAUUAUCCAUUGAUUAUUGAUUAUUAGUUAUUUAUUUAAUCACAUGUGAUAAUGAGUGAACAUCCUGAGUACAAAUUUUUGGACGAUAAGAAGACCGAGGAGAUGCUUCAGAAAUUCACCGGUGAGAGGAGUGGAUGGGUUCUAGUUGGCGAUAAACAGUGGUUCUUUCCCAGAAAAUAUGUAGAGCAAGGAAAGGGAUUUUUCGAGUUCAAGGCUAGGUCCAGUGACACUUGGGUCGUCAGUUACCCUAGAUCAGGCACAACUUGGACACAAGAGCUGGUCUGGCUGCUUUCGAACAAUCUGGACUUUGAGACAGCGUCGAAAAAAUAUUUAGCCGAGCGAUUUCCAUUUCUAGAGUUCAGUAUGUUCAAUCAUCCAGAAGUGACUGAGGAAUUUGUAGAAUUGAACAAAACAGACCCAGAAAAACAGGAGUUUUGCAGGAAGUUGGGGGAACCGGGGUAUAAGGUGCUGGACGCCAUGGAAUCGCCAAGAUUUAUAAAGUCCCACUUUCCGUUCAGUUUGCUGCCGGGAAUUCUUAACACCGGAUGCAAGAUCAUCUACGUGGCGAGGAACCCCAAGGACGUUGCAGUCUCGUGGUACCACCUGAAUCGAGCGAUAAAGACUCAAGGGUACACCGGUACCUUCGAAGAAUUCUGGGACUACUUCGAGAACAAUUUAACCCCUUGGAGUCCCUACUGGGAGCACCUGAAGGAGGCAUGGGCCCUCCGCCACCACCCGAAUCUCCUCUUCAUGUUCUACGAGGAGAUGCAGCAGGAUCUGAUCGAAUGCGUCCAGAAAGUCUCAAAAUUUUUGGGAAAAAGCUACUCCACCAAUGAAAUAUCGAAAUUAUGCGACUACCUCCACAUCAGAAACUUCAAGAACAAUCCAAUGGUCAAUUCUUCCGAAUUAAAAGACUGUAAGAUUAUUUCCGCAGGGAGUUUCGUGAGAAAUGGCAAGAGUGGCACCUGGAGUGAGACUUUCAACGACAAACUGGAAGUCAGAGCUGACAACUGGAUCCUGAGGAAUCUCAAGGACUCCGAUUUCGUCUUCCCCACCUUCAACAACAAUUAUUAAUUAAUCUCAUCACUAAAAAAUUAGUCCAAUAGCUCAAUAUGAAAUUCACUAGGUGUAGAACAAGUUAAACUUCGUGUUCGCAUUUUCAUUUUUGUUGUAUCAUCAAAAGAAGAAUACAUGCUUAAUUUGUUUAACAAAAACG